UCUGAUUGGGCGGUUGCACGUUGUAGGCUCUUUGUACGUUUUACACGUCAGCUCUUCAAAACGACGCCUCCAUCAGAUCUCUGCAGCCCCAAAGGGUGCCGUUUUGUUGCGUUGCACUCGCGGAAGCGGAGAAAACCAAAGAAUCAAGCUUCGUCAAAGUGUCUGUCACACACAGUUUUAAGAUCUGGAAGCGCUUCUCACUUGCCCACAAUAAGAAUUCCUCUCAAAUUUCAAUUUUUCAUUUGAAAAUAAUAAAACCCUAAAAGAGGGGUUGCAAGCAAAAUGAGAAGCUCGAAGAUGUGGAUGGUUUUCAUGUGUCUGACGGUGAGCUUCUUCGCUCGCAUUGAAUCGCUAUCCGUGACGGUGAACGACGUCGAGUGCGUCUACGAGUACGUACUUUACGAGGGCGACACCGUUUCGGGGAACUUUGUUGUCGUCGACCAUGACAUUUUCUGGAGCUCUGAUCACCCCGGCAUUGAUUUCACGGUGACAACUGCUGCAGGGAAUACUGUCCACAGUAUCAAGGGAACCUCUGGUGACAAGUUCAGUUUUAAAGCCCCAUCACAUGGAAUGUAUAAAUUUUGUUUUCAUAACCCUUACUCAACACCUGAGACUGUUUCUUUCUACAUUCAUGUUGGUCACAUCCCCUCUGAGCAUGAUCUUGCCAAAGAUGAGCAUUUGGACCCAAUUAAUGUUAAGAUCGCUGAGCUCAGAGAGGCACUAGAAUCUGUUACAGCUGAACAGAAGUACUUGAAAGCCCGUGAUGCAAGGCAUCGUCAUACUAAUGAGAGCACACGGAAGCGUGUUGUAUUCUACACUGUGGGAGAGUACCUUCUCUUGGCUGCUGUUAGUGCACUGCAAGUCAUAUACAUUAGGCGCCUUUUCAGCAAGUCAGUGGCCUACAAUCGUGUUUGAGUCGCCUUCAUGAUUAACGUUAAUGGCUUCCUUCAUUAGCAACAGGGUUAGGUUUACAUAUGCGUUCUCUAUUCAUUCAACAGUACGAUUACGAUCCCUUGGUGAACACUUUUUUUUUUCUUUUCAACAGAGACUCCACUUGUAUGUUGAUACCCAACAAGAUAUUUAAAUUCCUUAGCUUGAAUUUCAAUGGAUUCACAGAAAUCAAACCGUGUGGGAAUCAAUACCAAGUUUGUAAAAUGGUAGUCUGAGUUCCUAAAAUGGUUGAAAAACUGAAAGUAAAAUUAGACUUUUUUGGUAACUCUAAGCCCAUACUGCUUAUUUUUUACCUGUU